AUGCAAAGGCAGAACAUUGGAGAUAUGCAAGCGGCCACUUAUCUUAAGCUUCAGCAUGAUAUAAAAGACAUUAGAAGAUUUCUGGCACAUCAUAUGGGAAAUGUGAAGAAUGGCCGAGCAGCUGCUUUCAAGUCAAGAGAGUUUCUAAGGGUCAUUCAAAACAACGUAGAGGUCCUGAAGCGAUUGGAGGGAGUGAAUGACUAUGUUUCUGCAAAGAUGGCAGCUCUUCAAAGCUACGUCCAGCGAACGAUUUCGAGUAUUCAGAAUCCCAGUAAUUGCACGGCGGCACCAAAGCUUCUCUGUCGACUUACGAAUCCGUACGGACUGGCGUCUGCUGUGCAUGACCUUCUUUGGUGCUUCGUGGCGGCCCUCCGAACAGGAAGGACACUCAUCUUGGACAGCACGAUGUGGAAAUAUGCUCCCGGGCGGGACUGGCUUAAAUCGCUUCUUCCGGUCACGGGGGCCGCGUGCACGAGCAUUCGUACCCCCGACAAUGAAACGGAGAUCUACAUGUUUCCGGGAACAAGACCUCGGAAACCUAUGAAGGAUCUGCCAUCCGCCAUUGUGGCGACAUUGGUAGCCAAUAACGGGGACCCCUACGCGUGGUGGUACGGGCAGAUCAUGAGCUACGCCCUUCGGGUCAACAACUCAACGCUGCAGAAAAUUCACAAGUUCAAGGUGGCUAGGGGCUACGAACAUCCCAUUGUCGGAGUGCACAUCAGAAGAAGGGAUGAGAACGUUGAGGAAGCCUACCAUGCAGUUGACGAGUACAUGUUUCAUGUGGAGGAAUUCUACUCCAAGCUGUCCCUCGUCACAGCUGUUACUACGAAGCGAGUGUUCCUCGCCACCGACGAUCCGUACGUUACGGACGAAUUCGAAAGAAGAUUUCCAGAAUACGAACUGGUUACCGCCAAGAGGUCGUCUCGCAGUGCCGCGGAGCGCAGCAGGUCGACUUUCUUCGAUGCUCUGCUCGAUCUCCAGUUGCUCGCCGACUCCGACUUUCUCGUCUGCACCAUGUCAUCAGGGUUUUGCCGGGUGGCCUACGAACUGAUGCAAGUCCGCCAUCCAGACGCGUCGCUCAAGACCGUGUCUCUAGACGUGGAGUACUUCUUCGCCUUCGUGUCUUUUCCGCCCAGGAAGACGCUCGAAGAGAACAGGCCCGCGCUACCGCACGAGUUGGGUUGGUCGGGCAAAGGGCAGCUGAUCGAAGCGCCAAGCAAGUACGUUUCCGUGGACGAGGCAGUGAAGAAGAAAUUCGCCGAUGGAUUCAGCAUGGGCCGUGUACAGGGACGUGCGACCAAAGACGCGCUGUCCGUGUUUCCCAGGUUCAAGACGACGCAGACGUACAGUGUGGCCGACUACGCGGCCUUUGCCGCGCCUCCGUCGCAAGCCUAA